AUAUUAAAAAGACCGUCUGCUGUAAUUUAUGAUUAUCAGUCCACUGAUCAAAUAUCAUAAAUACGGUCAAAGUCUAUCCAGUCCAAGAUUUUGAUUUAAAAUCUUAAUUUUAAUUACUAAAGAUAUAAAUUUCCAAAUAAAUGUCUGACAUUAACGCUGAUUUAUGUUUGUCUUGGCCCAAAGAACAUCCAAGAUGCAUAAUUCCAGAAUUAUGUAGGCAAUUUUAUACUCUUGGCUGGGUAACAGGUACUGGAGGAGGCAUCAGCAUUAAGCAUGGAGAUGAAAUAUUUGUCGCUCCUUCUGGAGUUCAGAAGGAGCGAAUUCAACCUGAAGAUCUAUUUGUGAUUGAUUCGCUAGGAAACAUAAUUUCUUCUCCAGUAGUUGAGAAGCGUUUAAAAAUAAGUGAAUGUACUCCUUUGUUCAUGAAUGCUUAUGUGAAAAGAAAUGCUGGUGCUGUUCUACAUUCUCACUCUAAAGCAGCAGUUUUGGCGACUUUAAUGUACCCAGAAUCUGAAUUUGUUGUUACUCAUUUGGAAAUGAUAAAGGGUAUUAUAAAAGGGAAAACUGGAGUGCCAUACAGAUAUGAUGACAAAUUAGUUGUCCCUAUUAUAGAAAAUACUCCUUUUGAAAAAGAUUUAAAAGAUAGGAUGGCUGCUGCUAUUGACAAAUAUCCAGAAACAUCUGCAGUUCUUGUUCGUAGACAUGGUGUUUAUGUGUGGGGAGAUACAUGGCAAAAGGCAAAAACUAUGGCAGAAUGUUAUGACUACUUGUUUGAUGUUGCUGUUCAAAUGAAAUCACUUGGUUUAGAUCCUACAAAGAAACCUGAUGAAAAAUAAACACUGCAGCUUAUGAUAUCUGAUGCAUUUAUUUUGAAAAGCUGAUAUUAAGAAUGUGUUCAAGACCUUUGUUAUAUUACAAAAAGAAAAAAUUCAAUGAUACAUUAAAUUUAAAUCGUUUACUUUCAGAAAUUUUAAUAAACAUGUUUGCACUUA